CGUCCUGAGUACCUCAGAGAACUUCGGCAUUGAUUGGCGCCUGUUUUCUGAUGGAGUGUGUUGCAUCGGCUCCCUCUGCCAACAUCUGCAUAUAGGACUGGCUUGCUUGGGCGAAAGCUGACCUCACAAGUGGAGAAGAGCGGCAUCUUGGCAUUUCUCCGUUCGCCUCAGCCACCUCUCAGGCCGACUUACGGACCGAGUGGUGUCCUCAGCAUUGUCGGAAGGCCGCUACAUUUUUCCAAGCAGCAGAGGGGAGGGGAGGGGAGGGGAGGGGAGGGGAGCCAAUCCGCUUAGGAAUUGAUGAGCGGAGCUGCAGCACAAUACAGUAAUACAGUAUUGCAGGUCGACGGCAACAGUCUGACUGUCCUCAAGCUGGUGGUUCUUCUUCAGGGGCUCCUGCUGCUACCUGCCUCCUGCUGCUACCUGGCUCUCCUUGUCUGCAGGCCAAGGAGUGCUAAGUGACGCCAGGACGAGGACGAUGAAGACGAGCAAGCUUUUCCUAGUAGCGGUCAUUGCCGUCUUGACCCUGGCUUGCUUCCACGUCGGCGGUGCGAGGGGUUUCAGCAUUGGCGGCAUUUGCAAUCCGCUCCUGUCGGCUCGGGGGCCGUGGAUAAAUGGUCAUUCCACCUUCUAUGAUGACCAUGGUCGCGGCGGAGCUUGUGGUUAUGGGCCACUUGGAAGCCAACUGUUUGCAAACCGAUUUGCUGCGGGUUCGCCGAGAGUGUAUUUGGGAGGACUGGCGUGCGGAAUGUGCUUGGAGGUCCGGUGUGUCGGCAGCAGAGCCUGCAGACGCUCUAGCGUCCGUCUCACGGUCACCGACUUGUGCCCCCCUGGCUACCCCAACACGCAAUGGUGCGGUGGAGGAAAGCUUCACUUGGACAUCAGCAAAAAUGCUUUCCCCAUCAUCGCGGAUCCGAGGGCAGGACACGUUCCGAUCCAAUUCCGCAGCGUGCCUUGCGCUCCUUACAGAAUACUGCGGCUGAAUCUGAGGGGCCACAUGUGGUGGCUUGAGGUCACAGCACUGGCCAUUCCUGGGAGUGGAAGGAUAUUGAGGAUGGAGGUCGCGGGGAGGGGUGGUCGCUGGAGGAGUAUGAAGCGUUCAUUCGGAGCAGCUUGGUCCACUACAGGCGCGUCCCUGCGCUUGCCUAUUUCUGUCCGGAUUUCCAUAUUAGGAAAGUUCUGCAAGCUGAUUGCCCGGGACUGUAUCAAGGGACAAAUCUAUAAUGGAAAGCAGCUUAGCUGCAGAUACUCAGUGGGGUACUGAGUACCGUGCUCCCCCGGGACCGUAUCAGGGACAAAUCUAUAAUGGAAAGCAGAUAUUCAGUGGGGUACUGAGUACUGUGCUCCCCUGGGCAACGAAAGUGCUGCCCCUUCGUUUUUAUCUCCCGUUGCCUGUGCUUAAUUUUUCUUUUACUUUCUAUUUAUAUGUUCGUGCCUGUGCUUAAUUCUGUUCAGCGUAACCAAGAUUAGUGUUUCUUAUGCUGAUGUGAACCUCGAUUUCUGUGCGUUUGCGCGAUUGCGUGGAUUGCCUCUUGCUAGCCGAGGGAUGGGAUGAUGGUGAUGCAAGAGAAUGUGCAGAUGGAUGCACCAAUCUUCACAAUGGUAUGUCUGUAUGGCUUCAAUAUCACGUACACUCACAAUUUAUGACCUCUCUCUCUAUAUAUACAUAUGCUUGUAUAAGUAGUUCUUUGAGUACGAUGGACAAUGUGAUACCGAUGUAGGUACUGCUAACAGUGCUGAGGUUUUUGGCUGUAGUUUGCUGCAGCCGGAUCUAUGAUUAACCAUUUUGGCAAGGCAACCUCUCUGUGAGCGGGAUGCUUGUAAUGUAAUUGCUGUCUUCCAUCUUAUCAAACGUGGAAGUGCGACCUGUUGAGUUCUGCUCUCGUGCAUGAGCACGCCACAUCUACUGUUUGCGCAGAGAGACAUGUGUGCAUAUUUAAAUUUGCACACACACACACACACACACACACACACACACACACGCACACACCCACACCCACACACACACACACGGAGAGAGAGAGAGAGAGAGAGAGAGAGAGAGAGAGAGAGAGAGAGAGAGAGAGAGAGAGAGAGAGAGAGAGAUCUUGCACCAUAUAGGGGUUUAAGCAUGGGGCUUGUUCCGUAUGUCAGACAUUGCACUGGAAGUUUUACAGGAUUUAGGGUUAAGCAGAGGUGUUAUCGUUUUUUUUUUUUUUUUUUUAAUUCUGCUGCAAUGUGUUUUCGUCUUCUCUAUGAAUGUGACCAAUAAAAGCUAUCUGGUCGU